AUGAUAUCACCGCAGACCAUCAUCAAACCAACGGCUCAAAUAAAGCUUGAUGAUCUGCCUAUGGAGGUGGACUCAUCACGUAAGACUUCAACAGAUCGACCGCCUCUGAUCACUUCGAUCCAGCACAGGCCAUACCAAGGCAAGAAGCAUCAGAACAUUGCAACCAGGAAAGCAUCAGUAAUGGCUCAAAAGAGGUCAGUUUCCCCUAAAGCUUCGAAGACAGCAAAUGAGGUGCUGUAA